UCCAUGCCGAAGAGGCGCGGGGGCCUCGCCUUCCAUCUCGCCUACCGCCCCCCUGCACUCCUCCCCCGCCCCAAGGAGGCCAGCCCGCCCGGCGACACCGUGCCAGACCUGCCCGCGCCGCCCGGGGGCCGGGUGAGACCGCAGCGCCGCGGCGGAGCCCCGGGCCAGCCGCCUCAUGCACCCGCCCGGCGCCCCGCUCGCCAUGGCCGAGGGCGCCUUCUCGCUGGCUGCCCCGGCGGCGCGGAGCCCCGGGGGGAACCCCUCGAGGCUGCACAGCAUCGAGGCUAUCCUGGGGUUCACCAAGGAAGACGGGCUGUUGGGCGCCUUCCCGCCCGACGGUAGCGCCAAGGAGGCGGACCGGCGGGGGCCCCGGCACUGCCUGCCCAAGAUGCCCGGAGAGCCGCCGCCGGCCGAGCCCCAGGGCCGCGCCGAGCGCUUCCAAGAGCCGUACUGUCCCGGCAGCGCCAGCCCCGAGCUGCCCGCUGGCAGCAGCGGCGAGGGGAAGCCGUCGGACGAGGAACAGCCCAAGAAGAAGCACCGGCGAAACCGCACCACCUUUACCACGUACCAGCUUCACGAGUUGGAGCGUGCCUUUGAGAAGUCCCACUACCCCGACGUGUACAGCCGCGAGGAGCUGGCCAUGAAGGUCAAUCUGCCCGAGGUCCGCGUCCAGGUUUGGUUUCAGAACAGACGGGCUAAGUGGAGGCGGCAGGAGAAACUGGAGGUGACCUCCAUGAAGCUGCAGGACUCGCCCAUCCUCUCGUUCAACCGCUCGCCACAGGCAACACCCAUGGGUCCUCUGAGCAGCAGCCUGCCCCUGGAGACAUGGCUCAGCCCACCAGUGCCCAGCAGCACAGCCCUGCAGACCCUGCCUGGCUUCGUGGCCUCACCACAGAGCCUGCCUGGCAGCUACACACCACCGCCCUUCCUGAACUCUCCAGCAGUGACCCACGCGCUGCAGCCCCUGGGGGCCAUGGGGCCACCGCCGCCUUACCAGUGUGGGGCCACCUUUGUGGACAAGUUCCCUUUGGAAGAGGCAGACCCACGCAACACCAGCAUUGCUGCCCUGAGGCUGAAGGCUAAGGAGCACAUCCAGUCCAUUGGCAAACCCUGGCAGACAAUCUGAACUCCCUCUCAGCACCUGGGAGAAAGCCAUGGGGAAGGCGCGUCCCAGAACGCCCGAGGGACACCCUUACCCUGCCUUGGCUGCCCCGGAUGGCCAGGCACAGGAGGGCUAUCCCUUGCACCAGCCUUUCCCCCCAGCCUUGACUGGCUUUUGUAUUUUGUGGCCCUUUUAAUUCCCUUUUCCACAAGCCCUGCAGAGUUGGGGGCCUGAUCAUAGCUUAGGAAAACCAAUCUCUUUUGCUCUCCCUCCUUGGCUGGAUGCUUUAGUUGCAAUAAAAGCUGCAGUAGGGCAAAGAGCUGUGUAAGGUGGCUGGGAGCCCAGGAUGCUGUACCUGGAGAGGCGGUUCUGCUUUUGCAUCAUUAAAUGGCACCAUCUGCA